AUGCCCCGACACGUCCUAUUCGCGUCCCGUUCGCGUUACCAAGGUCUGAGUAGUAUUGUGAGGCGGCUGGAUUGGGCCGCCCGUUACCGUAUGAACGACCUUCAGGUACUCUUUAUUGGACUCAAAUUGAUUAUUUCUCAGCUUUUUUUUCAGAACGACCUUUUCAACUCGCUGGAGGAUCUGGAAACUUUGGGAAAAGUAGGCGAUGAUCCGGAAUGGGUUAACAUGUGCGAGGCUGCCAAGACGGGGUUCAUGGAAGUCUUCUUCCGGAUCAACAAAAUGUCCUCGAAUCAACGUUUCCCCUCCCUUUGA